AUGCCACAGAUUCCAACAUCAGUUGUGCUGGACGCAACUACUCAUCUUCCAAGCCUUGCCGCGAUGUCGAACUCUUUUGUGCCGUACUUGUCCCACGUUCCACGGGAUUCGGCCGACGGAAAUCUGGUCUUCAAAGCUGGCAAGCUUCCGCCGGGAGCAAAUUUAACUGCUGCUGCUGCCUUCAAUGGGACGACACCUCCACCGUAUUUCACUGGUCUCCAUGGCGUUAACAUCGAAAUGGAUUCCAAACUUGUCAAAAUGAUGUGGGUGACCAUUUUCCUCACGGUCGGGACCAUCUUUGCCCUCCGCCUGGCUGAACUAUUUGUCGCUUACAUUCGGACCAUUUACUGCAUGACUGCGACAGCUGUACAGCAGACCUACUAUACUCUAGACCACUUCCCUCUCUGGUCAUGGCUGAAGAAGAACUUGAUCUACGCACCACUUCUCCACAAGAGACACAACCGAGAACUCCAAAUCUCCAGUGUUGUCAACUAUGGCACAAUCCCCGGACGAAUCCAUUUCAUGCUCCUGUUCGUGUACGCUCUGAGUCAACUUAUUUACUGCGUCAUGCUGGAUUGGAAGACCAGCGAGAAGGGAAAGCUCUAUGCUGAACUUCGGGGUAGGAGUGGAAUAUUGGCAACUGUCAACAUGAUUCCGCUUGUCGUCCUUGCAGGCCGGAACAAUCCUGCAAUCCCGCUCUUACGGGUCAGCUUCGACACUUACAAUUUGUUCCAUCGAUGGAUUGGAAGGAUUGUUGCUGUAGAGUCUCUGAUCCAUUUCGCCGCAUGGAUGACCGCCUACAUCAUGGCGAGAGGAGAGGACGCGACUCUUGCGAUCUUCGUCAAUAGCAGAUUCCUCCAGUUUGGCCUGAUUGCACUCAUCUCUAUCGUCAUCCUUGUCCUUCACUCGCUCUCCCCAAUUCGCCACGCUUUUUACGAGACCUUCCUGCAUCUGCACCAAGUUUUGGGCUUUGCUGCGUUCUUGGGAGUAUAUGUCCACUUGUGCUCCAAGAUGCUUCCGGCUUUCCCCUUCAUUCUCACAGUGGUCAUCUUCUGGCUAAUUGAGAGAGUCUGGCGAAUUGGACGGAUUGUGUAUCUCAACUACUCUCGCUUUGGAGGCAGAACUGCAUUGGUUGUUGAAGCGCUGCCAGCUAUGGCAUGUAGGGUAACAUUCCAACUACCGCGUCAUGUCACCAUCAGACCUGGUAGCCAUGUGUACGCCUACAUACCAGCUAUUUCUCUUUGGAUGUCUCAUCCUUUCUCGGUGGCGUGGACCAACGUGGAGGCUGGCCCUCCGGUUACCACCGAGCCCACAAACUCGGGCCCUGUAGAUCUUGAGGGGCAAACAAGUACCAAGCUGGUGGCAUCCAAGGCUGCAACUCGCGUUUCACUUAUCAUUUGUGCCCGCUCGGGAAUGACCAAGAAGCUCCAUGAGCUAGCUCGACAGUCGCACAACAACAAGCUCUUCCUUCGCGGCUUCCUCGAAGGACCUUAUGCUGGCCACGAUUCCAUGGUCUCCUACGGCACUGUCAUCAUGUUUGCUGGUGGCGGUGGCAUCACCCAUCAUCUCGUCCAGAUCCGACAUCUACUUUUGGGCGCCAAGGCCCAGACAGUCGCGACACGGAAGAUCGUCCUAGUCUGGUCCAUCCGCGACGUCGACGCCAUGGAGUGGGUGAAGCCCUGGAUGACCGAGAUCCUUGCUAUGGAAGGCCGUCGUGAAGUUCUCUCUAUUCGGGUAUACGCGAGCAAGCCCUCCGUUCCGAUCAACACCAGCAGAGCAAAGCCCACAAUGCAGAUUAUUCAGGGCAGAGUCCAACCCACUGCAAUUCUUGAUGAAGCAAUCCCACUACGCAUCGGUGCCACCAUAGUAAGCGUUUGUGGACCAGGUGCCUUGGCCGACGAGGUCCGCGCGGCUGUCCGCGCUCGCCUUCCAGACGCAAAUAUCGCUCUCAACGAGGAAAGCUUCACUUGGUAA